AUGGUCAGACCACCCAGUGAUCCCCCUCUCGGGCCACUUUUGCGCCUCGAGGGAAUCGACUUUGAUCGUCUGCCCUCCCACGAAUGCAGCAUAGACACGAUCAAGCCGCUCAUAACAAACUUACUCAAAGAGUCUCUUGAUUUCAUUGGCACCGUGGACGUCUACGACCAGCAACGCGACACGAAGCCGAACCCGUCCGGAUGGUAUCCAAAGGGCAGUGCCAAGUUCAAUGGCGCUAAAGUUACUGGUGGCCCCGACACGGUUGCGGUAGAGCUACUCGAACGUGACAUACUACAAUCCGAGCUGGAUGCCGUGGUGAACCAGCCGUACGGAGGUGGCAACGUGUGCCGAAAGUCGACAAAGGCCGUCUCAGAGACCUGGGCCUGCCGCCGCUCAUUCCACAACAACCUCACCCAAGACGGUACAGCAGACUGGCUGGAGUUUCUAAAACACAUGAAAGACGAGCAUGUUAAGACCGAAGACGAUAUGACCGACACCGUUGUCGGGACAAACACGGCAUAUAUUUGGAACGGCAUACAUAGGGCCAUGUCGAUAGACCUGAACGCGUUGGGCAUGAGGCCGAUCAGAGGCCCAUCUGUCUGGACUGACUUCACACUGCAGAUUGUCGAGAUGAAGCACGACCUGGGUAACAAAUUGUUCGACUACCGAGUUUUUCCUGUCUUGCAGAUGUCCUGCCUCAGCGCACAGAGUGCGCCCCACGACGAAUUUCUCGUAAUCAGCGUGCCCAUCAACGGCUGGGGUGCCGCCCCUGCUCCCCGUGACGGCCGAAAGCUUGCGAACGGACCUAGGACCACGAUUGGCUCGUAUGUGAGCGUCGAACGCUUCCGCUUGGGGCCAAAAACGCAACGGGAGGCACCACUCCAGAAAGUGAGCACAUUUGGCAAAGUGAAGUCCUCUCUCAGAAUCAAGAAGUUGAAGCCCAGGUCCUCGGUCGCUCAGAUAGCGGAAGCUGCUCCAGUGCAACAGGCGGAACAAGCUUCCCAGGAAGACGGUUCUGCGGCGGGAGCUUUGCAAGCCGCCGACCAGGCCGGGAUUGCCCGAGAUGCAGUCAACCCAGAAGACGUGCCUGACAAUUAUCUUGAUAACUUGCAGAUCGAAUGGGUCAUGGCUACUGCAUCGCAUGCACGUGGCAACCUCCCGCUCUUUAUUCAAAAGCCGUUCAUUCCCAAGAAGAUCGCAAUAGAUGUGCCUCUUUUCCUGAAGGUUAUGGUGAAUAAACGGGAACCCCGGUCCCCGCCGACACCGCCGGUCGGUAGCCAAGUCGCCAACGACGAGCAAGCUGCUGGCCAGGAAACGGCCAACCAGGAGGCAGGCAACCAGGCAACGGCCAACCCCGCAGCGGUUAUUGAGGCGAGCAGCAAUGCUCAUUGA